UUUCGUGGAGUGUAUUUUGAUCGAGUAAAUGCAUUAUAUGGUAUGAAUUAUGAUGGAACAAAUUUUGUAGGGAUUUUUUUAACAAAUGGUAGAUAUACAGAGGCUGCUUUUGCUGAAGUUAAAAAUUAUGAGAAUAAGCUUUUUCUUUGUAAUAUUGAUAAUUUAUAUGAUACUUUAAUUAGAAUUAUUAAAAAUAAUAAUAAUAAUAAUAGUGAUAGUAAUGAUAAUAAUAAUUUAAUUACUAUAGAAAAUACUAAUAUUAAUAAUUAUUCUAUUGUUUAUCCCAACCUUACUAUUAAUUAUACAGGUGUUGAAAAACAAGUAGUUAUAAUCAAGGAUAGUAUUAGAUAUUCACCUUAUAAGAGAAUUAAUAAUGAUACAAAUAAUGAUAUAACUGAUUAA